AUGGGGUUGACUCUUCGCAGCGUCCUUACGGCGCUGAUUUCGCUUGUCUCGUUAUCGCAGGGUAUCUCGUUGACCGGUCCGAGAACCCUCCUCGUACUCGAAGACGAUGUGAAGACACAGUUUCAGACAUUAAUUAGCGAUCUUGAAGCCCGCGGCUUCACAACCACAACCCACACUCCCAAAUCAACUACCCUGUCUCUGUUUCAGCAUGAGGAACGCGUAUACGACAAUAUCAUUAUAUUUCCCACCAAACUCAAGGGUCUUGGGCCAAACCUCCCGUCUUCUUCCUUCCUUAAGCACGCCACCGCCGGCGGGAACAUCCUCAUUCUCCUCCCUUCCUCAGAAGACGAUAACGUCCCCGCCGCUAUCGCCGAGCUUGCCACGCAGGUUGACAUCUUCCUACCACCGAAAGGAUUUGCCGUGGUAAAUCAUUUUGAUCUUGCGGAUCAAGUUGAACCAGAACAUAAUACCCUUCUGGUGGACCUCCCAAGCUUCCAAUCGGAUACCAAGAACUAUUUUAAUAGCGGUGAAGAUAAAGCUGCGAAACUGUUAUACCGUGGUGCUGGGCUUGCUCUCGGCAGUUCUCCUCUUGUGCAACCUAUCCUUAAGGCGCCGCGAUUCGCUUACUCUUAUGAUACUAAAGAAGCUUCCUCCUUCGCCGACGAUGAGAAUGUAUUCUCUGCUGGAAAACAGCUGGCCCUGGUCGCUGGUGUUCAGACUAGGAAUAAUGCCCGCAUUACAUUUGUUGGUGGGGCUGAUUUGCUCGCCGACAAGAGCUUCACAAAAGUUGCCAGGACCAAUCAGAUGAGUGGAAACAGGGCAUUUGCAAAGGACGUGACCGCAUGGACAUUCAAGGAAACUGGUGUGCUUAGGGUUGAUGGUAUUGAGCACUGGGGUGAGGAAUUCGGACAAGGAGUAGUUAAUGGAGAUGUUUACCGGAUUAAGCACGAUGUGACAUUCUCUAUCGCGCUGUCGGAGUACUCAUACGACCACUUCCAACCUUAUGUCGCUCCAGCAGAUGACGCUGUCCAAUUUGAAUUCACAAUGUUGGACCCAUAUUACCGCAUCCCAUUAUCCGCCUCCUCUUCACCACUGACACAACAUAAGAACUCUACAACCUACUCGACCACUUUCAAAACCCCAGACCAACACGGAGUUUUUACUUUCACUGUAAACUACAAGAGACCAUUUUUGAGUAAUGUACAUGAAAAGCGCGCCGUAACGGUCAGACACUUCGCACAUAAUGAGUGGACAAGGAGUUGGGGUAUCAGCGGCAGUUGGCCCUGGAUUGCCGGUAUUUGGGUCGUUGUUGUCGGAUGGAUUGGGUUCGUGGGACUAUGGCUUUGGAGUAAGCCCGUCGUGGCCGAAGGGAAAGGGAAGAAGAAGCAGUAG